GUAGCAGAUUUGAGCUACUCUAUGGCGCAGCCGUAUCAUCGGAGAGAAGUGGAGCGUUGUAACCACAUGUUUGUGUUGUAACUUCUUGGUGAGAUCAAACCGGCUGAGGGAUACAAAUGUAACAAUUGUUUCCAACACAUGUAACAAUUUUGCCGGUUAAAACUUAACCAUGAAUAGAAGAGUAUUAUAAACCAUUAAACAUACGAAGUCUUACAAAUUAUGUAUUUGCUGUAUGUUUCUAGCGUAUUUAUUUAUUCUAUUUUGGGGUGGGGGCAAGCUUGCUUAUUGCUAUUGGUCAAUGGUGCACAUUUUUUUCUGACUCAGUGGUGUUUCCUGAUGUCAUGCUGCUCACGAGUAGGAGGCUGUGCUUUUUUGAGGAGGUUGAGUGCAAAAUAAAACUCUGGAAAAGAUUCAGGAAAGGAACUUCAAAUCAUACGGGUUGGAAACAUUUUCUCCUAUAGGAUUUAUUGCUUGGGGAAUUCAUUUAUGCACAGUGGGGGAUUGACAUCAAGUUGUCUGCUUCGUUCUUUAUAGAAAGGCUACACUUUUUCCAGCCAUGGAAACACUACAGAAGAUAAGGGACAGUUCUUGUGAAAUUCCAGUUGAUGUCAGAUUUAGGAAACGAAUAGUUUGGCAAAACUUGGAUUAGCUGGUCGCUGGACGGUUCCAUUGGCGAUACCACAAGGCGAUGCCUCCCCAGGGCGAUGGAGAAUAUAAACCUGUAGCAGUGUCGGCGGCGGUCCCACCGGUUCCCCCUCGGAGGGUUCGGAGCAGAGAGUCGUUUUCGGGCUCCAAGUGUCGGUCCGGUGGCGUAGAGCGCAAAGUGAAGUGUGUGCUUGUCGGUGACGGGGCAGUUGGGAAAACGAGCUUGAUUGUCAGCUACACCACAAAUGGAUAUCCAACUGAAUAUGUCCCAACUGCUUUUGAUAAUUUUGCAGCGGUUGUGGCAGUUGAUGGCAAGCCUGUAAAACUGCAGCUUUGUGACACAGCUGGCCAGGAUGAGUUUGACAAACUGCGUCCGCUCUGCUACACCAACGCAGACAUCUUCCUGCUGUGCUUCAGUGUUGUCAGCCCUUCUUCUUUUCAGAAUGUCACAGAGAAAUGGGUGCCAGAGAUUCGCCGGCACUGCCCGCAGGCGCCGGUGGUUCUGGUGGGAACCCAGUCAGACCUGCGGGAGGACGUCAAGGUUCUGAUCGAGCUGGCAAAGUACAAAGAGAGGCCAGUGGAGCCCCAGGAGGCCCAGCAGUGUGCCGAGGACAUGAGGGCCGUGUCAUACAUGGAGUGCUCCUCACUCACCCAGAAGAACCUCAAAGAGGUGUUUGACGCAGCCAUCGUGGCCAGCAUCCAGCACUCCGACAGUCAGCAGCAGCAUCGACUGAAAAAACGGACUCCAGAUAAGAUGAAGAAGCUUUCUAGGUCGUGCUGGAAGAAGUACUGUUGUGUGGCCUAGCCUCUGUCUGCACGUGCGACAGUAGGGACGCAUGGGUGCCAAUUCUGGUUCCAUGUCAGCACGUUAAGAGUUCAGGACAGUAAGGAAAACAGCGACUGGAAUAUGGGCGAAGGUCUGGUCUGGUGUAUCUGAGAUAUGUGAAGGUUAGGCCUCACUGACCUUGUGCUAUUUUUGCUUUACCAACGUGAACUGCAAUGGAGACAGAUCUGACUUCCCUCAAAGUGCUGAUGAUAAGACUACUCAUUGACUUUCCCCUGUGUUAUAUCCAUGAUCCUGAAGGACACACAGCUUCCAAUAGACAACUGUGAAAGAUCAAACCCUCUUGAUAACUAGGAGGGUCUAUGUUGUUGUUUUAUUGACCUGGUUUACUCUGACCUUUCCCAUGGUAAGUGUAUGUAAACUCAGAUUAAUUUGGCAUAUAACAUUGAGUCAACUUCCCGACGUGGGAUUUACCGUCCCUUUGAUUUAGUAGUUCCUAUGUUAAAAGAAAAAUGCAGUGCUGUAAUCAGAUAAUUUGAGGAGAGUACUGUGUAACUUUCAUUGUUUUCAUUCUGGUUCUUCUUUAGCUUGUCGUCUAAUGUACAAACCACUCAAACACUGUUUUUCAGAAUUUAUAACUGGUAUUUACAUUAGGACAUGGGUUCUGUCCAAGCUCACAUGAGGUUCAGUCUCUAGCUAUGUGCUGGAAUUCUAACUGGACCUGUUGAGCUUUGGUUUACUUGACCAUAACACCACCUGAGGAGUUGUAAACAAAUAUCGCCAUGGCAACAUUUAAAGGGCUCCUUAUGGGCUUCAAAUGCAUGUGUAACAUGUCCACUGUUUGAUUUAUGUGUCGGAAGGUAUGUUUAGGUCUACUGUGAGGAGGGGACAAAUUGUGUUUUUUAAUGUCUAUUCUAGGAGUUUAAAAGUGGAAGAGCAAUAUUUUAUUUUAAAUUACAUACAGAAUGUCAACCUAAUACAACUCGUUUGUCUAUCAAUCGUUUACUGUCCACGUUGUACACAAUAUAAGUGAGUCAACAUUUCUUUGUUAAAUUCUUGAAAGUCUUUUAAACUUUUACCAAGAGUCACACAAAUGAUGUACUAAUACUCUUUUGGGUUGUUUAUUAGUUUUGAAGUGCGAUGUUAAGCAUUAUAUUAUAGCAAUGAAUGAUGAUCUCCUCCAAAAAUGAAAUCAACUUUUUCAACAUAACAUUUCAAUGCAAUAUGUCAUUACUGUGAACCAUGAAGUAUAUGUAUACUCACUGCAAUCUUUUAUUUGCCGCAUGAAUGUCCAACUGAGAACUGUACAGCAAUCAGACCUGUGGACUAUAGUGCAUAAUUAAUUGUAUAUGAAGAGGCAGUUUAGAUUACACUGAAUAAAGAACAGGUCUAAUGGACAACACAUUUAAUGUGUACCUCUGUUGUACCCCCCCCCCUCUCUAUUCUGCACAGUUUCCUUUACUCUGGGGUUUUACAAUGUCUGUUGUGGUAUCAUGUUUGAUUUAAAUCAUGAUAGCAAAAAUAUAUAUCUGAUUGAAUGGGCCUAAUGGCCUAUGUAAUGCUAUUUUUGUUUGAUUAUGUGUGCAUUGGAAUCCUGAUAGAAGAAGGGUUAAAUAGGAAAAUAGGUCAUGGAUCAAACUAUUAGACACUCCCGGUUACCAGAUUCCCGGGAAGUUCAGACAAUUUGGAGAGACUAGGGUGAUGUCAGCAAAAUAAUACAAACCUGGGUAUUCAGAUUUCCUUAGAUAAAACACCACAGGCAGAAACAUCCCCAGACGACUAGGCCAAAAUAAUACAGAGAUAAUAGAGGGCUGACUGCAGCUGAGUCAAUGUUAACUGAUCUUAACUACCAUACUCUGAUAUCUAUUAUUAAUGACUAUGAGCCAAUCAAGUCAUUUAGUAUCUUUCUGCAACCAAUACCCUGGAAAGAGCGUGUUUACUAUCCUGAGCAAGCUUAACAGCACCAUCAUAUUGGAACUGGUUGAAAAAAGGUUGUCAAUACCUAUAUUCCAUAUCACUGGGAUGUCUGUCUCUGUAAAUACCGUGUUCUGAUUUAGGUAGGCCCAUAGAUAUGACAUUAUUUGAAUUUCAAAAUGUUAACCGUCACUUCUUUCAGUGAUAUUGUGUUUCAAGCCUUGUAAUAGCUCUUCCAGUAGAAUGCCAAACUAAACCUUGGGGUAAACGAUAGUUACCUGCAUGAUCAUGUUAACCUCCUUAGAUGACCUGGAUGUGUCACCUGUGGAUGUGUGAUGGACCUCUGAAAGUGAAUUAUGAUUGAAGACAGAGAGAAUGGAGAAGUUAAUGUUUCACUGGAUCACUUAGUAGACCAUGUUGCAUCAGCAGUCAGUUAAAUGUUUAUCAUCACAUACACCAUGAAUUUACAUAAAUAAUAACGUACAGCAAUGUAUCUACUCGUUAUGAAAUACUAGUUAUUUCUUGAAAAGGAAAAUACAGGGACAUGGGUGAAAUUGAAAUGUGACAUAAAUGCUUUAAAUAAGAUGGGCCUUUGGAUGUGAUGUGGGUAUGCGGUAAGUGUUAGUGGACAGUAGUGCACAUACCUUUGGACAGUUGUCUUUUUCUAGGUCAUUUUGAAUGUUGGCUUCUUCAUAGCGUCAUAGAAUUUUCAAACUGUAUUGUGUAUUGUAACAGUAUUGUGUCGAUUAUUUUCUCAACACAAAUGCAUUUAACAAUGAUGCCAUUCUUCAAAUGAGUAUCUUUGUAACAGUGCACAUCACAUGGUGUACUAUAUAUACUCUUGAGUUUCCAAGCUAUGACUUCCAGCAAACAUGGAGGUUCCAUGAUCUAUGUUCAGGGCCCUGUGGGGGAUGGGGUUGUGGUGAAAUAACAGCUCGCAUUCAGUGUAAUGUCAGAACAAAGACCUGUUUGUCUGUAGUUUGAUACCUUUGGAAAAUAAAGAAUAUUUGGUAUACAA